CUGCCUGGCAGGACAUGAGCCCUAUGACAAGAGGGGUUUGGAAAAUGAUGAGAGCAACAGUGAUGAGGACUGCCAACCCCAGGUUUGCACACCAGUUUCUAGAUCCUGGCACAUACCUGUUUCAGGACAAUGGACUACCAGAGAGCAUGGCUGUGGUACUCGUGAAAAAAGGGGUUGCCUGCGACCCUGGCCUAUCCCCCAUGCAGCCUUCUUCCCCAUACCAGCUCACUAGGCAUGGCAUCUUCAGGCAUCAUCUGCCAAACCUGGGGCCAAACUGGAUUGCCAUCACAGGAGGGCUGCUAACUGUUGGUUUGGCAACCAUGCUGCUGAUAGGCCUGGGCCUUGCAUUGAGGCCCCAACCGGCUCAGGCCUAUCCCAUAAGGGAGUGGAGAUCUCAGUGGAGGGAACUCAGGGAAACACACACUGAAUAUUCGUCCCUCAAGGAAAGCUUUCCCUUCCAUGAAGACCAUGGUCCUCGAGGGUCUGGAAAGAGAGUCAAUUCCAGGGGUGAAGCCGUCAGCCCAGCUGCAGGGAAGCCAUUUCCAUCAAAUGCCCUGGACAAUUUCAGUGUCCGAACACUCUAUGACAAGCUCGAGGACCAGAACCUACAUGUGGCAACCCAGUUGAGCCAGCACAGGCGUGACGCUCUGGCCUUCUACAGGGGUGCCAUCCAGCAGCUUCAGGGGCUCAAGGAGCAUCUACAAGGCCUUCCCUCCACUGAGCAGCAAGUUCUAGGCAGGAGUCAAGAUAUGGAGAUGAGGGCCAGAGCUGCCGCCGGGACAAGCACUGGGCAGAGUGAAGGAUUUUGGGGCGACCACUCUGCAUCUUCUCAAAGGGAAUUCUGGCCAUAUCCUGGAGAUGCCAGUGUGUGUCCCUUGGGUUUUCAGUCAGAGCUGCAAAGAGUGACCACUGCCUUGGCAUCUGCACUGCAUCAUGCACUCAAACCCCCAACUGGGGAUGACAGAGAGGCUGCUGCUCAGAUUGAUGGACAGCUUCUGUCUACCUGUCACCAUGACCCUCAUCUGAUGAGUGACAAGACCCAGCCUCUACUUUCAUAUGAGGAGCCUCAAAGUGCAAGCUCCCAGAAGGACCAACGACCUGCACAUCUCCCUCAGGGUGACAACAAAGGAGAUGUUGAGGGCUCCCAGGAGUGGAGCAUCUGGGCAGCACCUGGAUACAGAGCCUUCCCUGAACUGCAGAGAAAGAUACAGCAGACAGAAGAUAUGUUAGAUGAGUUGAAUGAAGAAUUCUUUCAGCUCUCUUCUCAAACCCUAGAGCUCCAAAAAGAAGACAAACCAGGCAGACCAACUCUAAGUGAUGACAGUACACUGCUGAGAGAAGAGCCUAACCCAAGAAGAAAGGCUCCAGGAGCCUGGGUCAUGCUGUGUGACCAGGCCCUGGUGCUGGAGGUGAGACGAGCCCACCUGGCUGAGAGGAUCAGAGAUUUGGAAUGGGAGCUGUCCCUGUUCCUCGAGGUGUCAGAUGGCCAGGCACAAGCAGGAGGGUGCUUGCUCAGCCUGGGGGGACACUGAAUCACACAGGAUACUGCAGCAGCCAUAGGAAGGAGUGUCAACACAUGAAGGACAUGACCAGGCUGAUAUUAGUCCUGGUAGGAAGGAGUGGGAGUCUGAGGGACUGGGCUUGGGUGUGUGUUUGGUUUUGUGGCAUGUUCCUACCAGGUAACAAAUGGUCCCAUUCAGAACCUGGACAUCUGUCAUAAUUUCUUCCUGUGAUU